AUGGUUUUUCUUCAAGUCUUUCGCGUUUUUUGGUGGAUUUUCUUGGGAUCUUCGGUCUUUCGGUGUCUUGGUGAAUUUUCUUGGGGUCUUCGGAAUUUGUUGAUUUUCUUGAGAUCUUCUGUCUUCGGCGCUUUUGGUGAAUCUUCUUGGUAUCUUCGGUGUUUUCGGGGAAUUUUCUUGGAGUCUUCGGUCUUUCGGCGUUUUGGUGAAUUUUCUUGGGAUCUUCAGUCUUUCGGCAUUUUUGGUGAAUUUUCUUUGUAUCUUCGGUCUUUCGGCAUUUUG